AUGUCAAAAGUGGACAAAUAAUUGGUUCGAUAAUUCUAAAUAAAGAAAAGUUUGAAAAACGAUUAGAAUACAAGAGCUGUAAUUUAUCGAGCUAAAAUAUAUUUAUAAUCAUUAAAAUAUUUUUCUUGGAAUCCUAAUUGCAUUUUAAGAGAGGAUUUUAAUUCAGAGGGAUACGAGAACGUAAAGGUCAACUAUUCAUAAUAAAUAGUGGAAUAAUUUUAUAAUUUUAUACGUCCCAGGAUUCUAUUUUUAGGAUUAAUGCUAAUGAGAGGCAAAAAUGUUUAUUCAUCAUUUUCUUGUUAAAUAAAAAGAAUUAGUGAACAAAAGUGUGCAGAUUACAAAACGAAUGUAACUCCAAAUUAGAUUUCUUCAUUAAAGUUCUUCUGCUUUAAGUAAUGUUUAAAUAUCAUUUCAUAAGGGAUCUAAAUUUGAUAAAAUUAGUAAGCAAAAAAUGGAUUAUUCGAGAUACCCUAUAAUUUUUAUGA